AUGAGAGAAUGUGGUGUUUUGCCAAAUAAAUUCACUUACCCUUUUGUGCUGAAGGCCUGUGCGGGUAUUGGGGACUUGAAUUUGGGCAAGUCGGUUCAUGGGUCUGUGUUGAAGUUCGGUUUUGACAAUGAUGUUCACGUGCAGAACACGAUGGUUCACAUGUAUUGCUGCUGUGAAGGAAACGUUGAGAUGGCAAGAAAGGUGUUUGAUGAAAUGCCAAAAGACGAUUCGGUGACUUGGAGUGCGAUGAUUGGCGGGUAUGCGCGUUUAGGGUUGUCCGCAGAUGCAAUUGGUUUGUUCAGGAAGAUGCAAACUGUGGGUGUAAGACCUGAUGAGAUUACCAUGAUUUCAGUUCUGAGUGCAUGUACUGAUUUGGGGGCGCUUGAGCUUGGCAAGUGGGUGGAGUCUUAUAUCCAGAAAGAGAAGGUUCAGAAAAGUGUUGAGCUUUGUAAUGCGCUGAUUGAUAUGUUUGCAAAGUGUGGUGAUAUUGAUAGGGCUUUGAACUUGUUUACAAAUAUGAAUGAAAGAACAAUUGUUUCAUGGACUUCUGUGAUUGUUGGUUUGGCAAUGCACGGUCGUGGCUUAGAGACUAUCUCUUUGUUCGAGGAGAUGAUAGAAGCCGGGAUGGUGCCUGAUUAUGUUGUAUUUAUCGGGUUGCUCUCAGCUUGUAGUCAUUCUGGGCUAGUUGACAAAGGAAAACGGUACUUUGAUUCAAUGGCAGAGAAGUAUGGCAUUUUACCUAAAAUAAAACAUUAUGGAUGCAUGGUUGAUCUGUUAUGCAGGGCUGGACUUGUUAAAGAAGCAUUGGAAUUUGUUCAGAAUAUGCCCAUGGAGCCAAAUCAAAUCAUUCUGCGAACUCUAAUAAAUGCUUGCCGUGCUCAUGGGGAGCUUAAGCUUGGAGAGAGCAUCACGGAACAACUAAUUAGAAAUGAGCCAAUGGAUGAGUCCAGCUAUGUAUUACUUUCCAACAUUUAUGCAAAAAUGCUCCAAUGGGAAAAGAAAACCAAGAUUAGAGAGGAAAUGGAUGAGCAAGGGAUGAGAAAGAUCCCAGGGAGCACAAUGAUCGAAAUAGAUAAUGAAAUGUAUGAAUUUGUGGCUGGAGAUAAAUCGCAUAAAGAGCACAAAGAAAUUUUUGAGAUGAUGGAUGAGAUGGGGAGGGAGAUGAAGAGGGCUGGAUAUGCUGCUUCUACAUCAGAGGUGAUGCUUGAUAUAAAUGAAGAAGAUAAGGAAGACGCUUUGAAUCGGCAUAGUGAAAAGAUCGCUAUUGCUUUUGCCCUUCUUAAGACACCACCUGGAACUCCAAUUCGGCUUGUGAAGAAUUUGCGAGUUUGUGCUGAUUGCCAUUCUGCUACUAAAUUCAUAUCCAAAAUUUAUAAUCGAGAAAUAGUGGUGAGGGACAGAAACCGGUUUCACUACUUCAAGGAUGGUCUAUGCUCAUUUUCUGAUAUGGUUACUGGAAGAUACUAUGACUGCAUUAACCGAAUGGAACUACAUGAUGAAUCCCUGGAAGGUUGUUUGCAUGGAGAAUUUUGUAUUCGUGAUGGUUCACUGAAAGAUAGUUCUGGAUCCCAAGCUUGA